CGCUCUAGACAGGAAGCGAGGUUGCCUGUCUAAAUGCCAUCUGCUGUGGUUCACUCUCCCGUCUGCGCGCCUUUUCUUCUUGUCACCUGUCGUUGCUUUCCACGGCCCGAAGCAAGUGCAGAUUUUGCUCCAACCGCCACUGACAUGCAGCCACCUCUGGGGCAGAGCGCGGCAGCAGGUCUGUGCCUGCAACGAUGCUCAAGCUUUGCGAUAUUUUUUUGUUUUCUAAAGGAAGGGAAGCGAAAAAUAACUUCCUCCUUCGGCGGGGGGCUCUUUGCACAAGCAGAAGUGGAGUUAGCAGGACUCAUCCGGGGAGCCAGAGUUACGAUCUUUAACUGCAUGGACAGACGGGUACGUUACUGGCUUUAACUGACUGAAAGCUGAAGUCUUCUCUAGCCAAAACAGGCAGAGUUCGGACGGGGCAGUGCGAACUUCCCCCAGCUGGCACACGAGGCCCCUCAGCUCUUUUCCUUAUGCUGCAAGGCGUUUGGGGCGAGGACAGCCGCUUUGGGAAGUGUUUGUACAGCAUGCAGCACCGUGGGACCCUGGCAAUAUGGAUAAUCGCCUCGCUUGGACUGCAAGCUCCUCGCGGCAGGGGCUGUCUCUUUGAUUUGUGUCUGUACAGCGCCUGGCAUGGCAAUACAGAUAAUCACCGCGCUGGCUGGUCGCUGCCAUGCUGGACUUUAUUGAAACCAGCAGGCCAGAGGCCCCAUCUCAUCUCCCUUCCUCAGUCAAAUCACACUCCCUGCCCUCUGCAGCCUGAUCCUGCAAAACAUUGGGUACCUUCCAGGUGGCACUUCACCGUCUCAGCACCUAUUGCAACCAAAGGCCAAUCUGUUUGAGCCAGGCCAUGCCGCCCGGGGGAGAGGAACUGAGCCUUUCCACUGACCCCGGCAGCUCAACUGGAUCCCAAUCGGAGCCGCACUCAGCUUCUGCCUGCUCGGCUGCUGCCUGGGUUCGGGUGUGCAUGUCAGUCGUACACCAGCUGUAGCUGGCUUGUUGGGAGCUCAAGAGCUGGGGCCGGAUCCCUGCAGAUUUCACCGAGGGCCUCACCCUUUGCUGAUAACCAGCCAUGCCCGGCCGGGCACUCUGCCUCCUGUGCAGUUUGGUGAUGCCUGCUGCCUUCCUGUGUGCAGAUCUGCUUCCCAGGGUCACCUUCCCAAAAGGAGACGCCCGGAGGAUCCUAACCAGCUUCAGCAAGGACGGAAUCUUCAACUAUGAUACUUUUCUCUUGAGCGAAGAUGAAGGCACUCUGUACGUGGGAGCUCGAGACACCCUCCUCUUGCUCCGGGUGGACAGUGCUGGGUCCAUGGAGCUGACGGGCUCAAUAGUGUGGCAACCCGUGCCUGAAAAAAAGCAGGAGUGUGUCUUUAAGAAGAAAAGCAACCUGACAGAGUGUUUCAACUUCAUCCGUGUCCUGGUGCCAGUGAACCAGACUCACCUGUACACCUGUGGGACCUAUGCCUUCAGCCCCACCUGCUCUUACAUUAAUCUGGAGACUUUCAGCCUGGUUUCUGUCGGCCGAGGGCAGCCUCUCCUCCAGGAUGGGAAGGGACAGUGUCCCUUCGACCCCCGCCACAAGUAUACGGCCAUCCUGGUGGAUGGUGAGCUCUACACGGGGACCAUGAACAAUUUCCAAGGAAACGAGCCCAUAAUCUCCCGUGCCCUGGGCAGCAGGACCAUACUGAAGACUGAUGCCUUCCUCAGGUGGCUGAAUGUCGACGCGGGCUUCGUGGCCUCGGCCAAUAUCCCUGGAGACGAGAAGGUCUAUUUCUUCUUCGAGGAGACGGCCGAGGAGUUUGAUUUCUUUGAGAAGCUCACGGUCUCCCGGGUGGCUCGCGUGUGCAAGAAUGACGUCGGCGGAGAGAAGGUGCUGCAGAAGAAAUGGACCACAUUCCUGAAAGCCCAGCUGACAUGCUUCCAGCCUGGGCACUUCCCUUUCAACGUGAUCCAUCACUCCUUUGUCCUACCCCAGCCAGGAGUGGGUGCUGUCUUCUAUGGAGUCUUCACUUCACAAUGGCAGAUGGGAGAUGCAGGCAGCACGGCAGUGUGCGCUUUCAACCUGGAGGACAUCGAAAGAGUCUUCAGCGGCAAAUACAAGGAGCUGAACAAAGAGAGCUCCCGGUGGACAACAUACAGCAAUGAGGUCCCUGAGCCCCGCCCUGGCAGCUGCUCUGUGCGCCCAUCGGCGGACAAAGUCCUGACCUUCAUGAAAAACCAUUUCCUGAUGGAUGGGAAGGUUGUGCCCAGGAACAAGCAGCCGCUGCUGGUGAAGCAGAACGUGAAGUAUACACGGAUCGCAGUCGAUCAGACCCGCAGUGUCUUGGGCACCUCCUAUGAGGUGAUGUUCCUGGGAACAGAUCAAGGGUUCCUGCACAAAGCAGUGGCUCUGGCCAGCGGUGCUCAUAUCAUUGAGGAAAUCCAGCUGUUUAAGGACCCGGAACCUGUGCAGAACCUUCUGUUCUCACCUGGGAAGGGAAUCCUGUAUGUGGGGUACUCCAAGGGGGUCCUGCAGGUGCCGCUGGCCAACUGCAGCGUGUACAGGAGCUGUGCUGACUGUGUCCUCGCCCGAGACCCCUACUGCGCCUGGGACAGGCACAGCCAGUCGUGCCAGGAGACCCGAGGCACAAACAAAAACACGAGUGACUGGCUGCAGGACGUUGAGAAGGGCAGACCGGGGGCUACAUGCCAGCAGAUCAGUGGGAAAGGCAGGGCCACGCCCAGAUCUCGGGACAACUUGGGCAGCAGCCUGGUAAAAACUUUGAGCCCAGCGCUGAACUCCGUGAUCUGGCUGCCCUGCCCACAGCUCUCAGCCCUGGCCACUUACAACUGGAGCUACCCAGGGGAUCAGAUCCCAGCGGGGCUGACGCUGUUGGACAAUAAGACGCUGGUGAUCAUCAUGCGGCGCCAGGCGGCGGGCGAGUACACGUGCUGGGCCAGCGAGAACGGGCACCGCCAAGCUGUGGCCCGCUAUGUGGUGCAGGACCCCAUGGGAGUCAACAUCCUGAGCGAGAGCGGAGGGGACAGCAUGGUAGGGGAAGGGCUGGAGCAGGGGGCAGGCCCACAGGAUGGGCAUCACUCCUACUGGGCACAGUUUGUGACAGUGACAGUGCUGCUGUCGGUGACACUGGCCAUAGCAAUGGCCAUGGCCGGCUUCUCCUACCACGACAGGCUCAAGGCCAAGAGCAAGGUGCAAGGAUGCAACACCCCCGAAGCCACCAAGGUGUCCAAUCAGGAGAAGGUGCCACUGAACGGAGGCCGGAGCCCACAGCUACAAGGGCCCGUCCAGGAAGGGGCCAAGGACCCCAGGGACUGCUGUGUCCAGAUGGAGGGGCUGUCCCAGGAAAUAGAUGUGGAUAACAACAGGUUAAACGCCAGCCUCGGUGCUGGGGAGGGCUCCUAAGGGGUGGCUCUGGAGAAAGCUUAGGCUGGCCAUGCCUGCCCCGACCCGCCUUUUGUCUCGAAAACAGCCGUGUCGUGGUACCGAGCAGCCCUGCGAUAACAAACCAGAGUGUGUGGCUCAGCGCUUGGGAGCAACCCUACAAUAACAAAGCGGUCUGCGUCCAGCCCCCAAAUUCAUAACAAACAUAUCAGCUGGUGAGACCUUCCACACGGCACGCCCAGAAACUACACCUGCUCCUCGUCAGCGUGCCAGCUGCUGCUGCCCGCCCACGGGUGGGUCGCUCCACCGCUGAAGAGCAGUGGGCUCAGCCUGCCCCACUGCGCUAUCUGGGCAUCACCAGCGUCCGAGUCGUGGGACAGGCGUUAAACAAAAAAACCCUUCCGCUUUUGGAUUUCCACACCAAGCAAGAGACAAACACAGAGCAUGUCUGGGACUCUAGAUAACCAGGUUCAAAGGAGUUGGUGGGCAGAGCGGUGCUGGAGAGUGCGUGAGCCCUGCCUGGCUCGAGCCCACAGCUGGGGAUUCCAGCAGGGAGCAACCCCGCUGUGGGAUCUGAAUGGGCCCAGUGUUGCUGUGUCUACAGAUCUAGGCUGCUUGCAUAGCUGCUGCCUCCUGGUCUGUUGCCCUCGGUGACUGGUGACAUCUCUGCACCAGCCUGGACUAGCUGGGAGCUGCCACGUCCGCUCCGUGAAAGCUGUGAAUGAAGGCCAACGUGCAACGCCGCAGCUGCACAUUACCUGGCCACCUCAGUCCUCCCCUGUGUGGGACGCACUUGGCGCCAGUCAGUGGCCGGGUGUAGCUCUGCUGGGGCCCAAUCCAGCUCCUCAUGGCUCUGAAUAUGGGGUCUAAUGUUCUGCCUUUGAGUGCAGGGUCAGCAGUUCAAAUCCAGCCCUGCUGGCAAUGAUCAGACAGCUGAUCCUCGUCGGCCUGCGUGCAGUGAGCAGCUGGGCUCCCAGGCUGGUCCCUGCUUGGCCAGAGGUCUGGAUCAGAACAGCCACUGCUAACUGGCCCCCUCAGCGGGGACACCGGAGAUGGCCCACAUCACGGAGACUGCGCUCUGCUCUGGGGAGGGUGGCCUUCCAUCAGAGGGCAUCAUACUGUGUGGGCAAAGGGCUUUAGGGCCUGAUUCUUAUUUACACAACAGCCUCUUUACACCACUCUGGUCCAGUAAAGGGGACAUAAAUGAGCCACACCCCCUCUGCACUCCCGAAGUGGUACAAGGGGCUUUUUAGUGUAAGUGAGAACCAGGCUGAGUCCCUGGGGUUUGGAGCCAACAGCCUGAAAAAUCGGCUUGGGUGGUGCAGGAGGGGAGUUGCCAAGGGGCUUUGGGGAUGGGAAGGAGGCGGAGGUUGUGACUGAAUGUGAAGUUGUUGUUUUUUUAAUUUAAUGUUAUUAGAUUUAAGUUAAGCUUUUCCCAGUAGCAGUGAUCAAACUCCUUGUUUCACCACCUCCAUGCAGGGCCGGCGCUUCCAUUGAGGCAAACUAGGCAAUCGCCUAGGGCGCCAGGAUUUUCGGGGGGCGGCAUUUUGCCAGAGGGGGCGGCAGACGGCUCCGGUGGAGCUGCUGCAGUCGUGCCUGUGGAGGGUCCGUUGGUCCGCGGCUCUGGUGGAGCUGCUGCAGGUAUGCCUGCAGACGGUCCGCUGGUCCCGCGCGGCUCCAGUGGACCUCCUGCAGGCACGGCUGCAGCAGCUCCACCGGAGCCGCAGGAGCGGCGUGCGGGGCGGUGAAAUGGCCGUGUGUCUAGGGCACGAAAAACUCUAGCGCCGGUCCUGCCUCCAUGGGAGGAACGCGGCUACCGAAACCAGCUCCAGGCCUGUAGCCACACUGACAGUGCCCAGUGACUGGGUUCGUAGCCUCGGCGCCAGGAGUGCAAACAUGGUGCGUUUUUUUGCACAAACCACUUGGUUGCACCCGGGGUUAAACGCAGCCAGGCGAGUGGAUUUCUCCCUCUCAAACAGGAUCGGGUUGCUCGUUUCUAAAAACCCUUCUUCAACCGCAUCAGUAUUAUUUUGUGAUGGAUAAAUUAACCCCUGCAUUGCUGGUCUGCUGCAGCUCUGACACUGCUAUUAUGCUUCAGUGAAAUGAAUGCAACACGGGAUGGGCUCACUUGUUACAUUUUCCAGCCGAGCAGGCGGGUUCUACUGGGAUAUCCUUGAAAAAUCCAGGCUUCUUUCUCUGUUACGCUCACACCCAUUAACCCUGCCCCGGGCAAGACUGGCUUCUAAGGCUCUGGGGGCCCGAUUCCCUUUUACAUCCAAGUCCUUUUACCCUGCUCUGGCAGGGUGGAUGAGAACCAGGCCCUGGAGAUUUCAGAUGCUGGGGAAGUUGCACGGUUGGCUUCAAGUGGCAAUGCCUGCGGGCCCUAAGGGUUGCAACAUAUCAGCGCAACUACACUGAUGCUUGUCACCGGGGCAGCUUCCCAGCUUAUUGUACAAUAGCCGCCCGAUCUGAGGGAAGAGCAUUGUCUGAGCUCUGUGACAGACCCAACACCCGUACAAAAAAAACACCCAAGCAAAACUCUUCCCUGGAACCUUUCCCUCUUUGAUUCAGGUCACUGGCUAAAAAUGAGGAUAUCUACCUGGAAAUCGCUACGUGACCCUGAAAUCCUGCCGGAGACAAGGCCAGGGAGUUGUCACCAUGAUGCGGCUAGUCAAAGUGAACUCAAGGAGGGGUAGGGUUCAUUUGAACAAACCACACUGAGGUAAAAGCUACCUGGGUCUGGUCUGCAUCUGGAUUUGAUGCUGAGGUACACAUGCCUUUCUGUAGUGCCUGUGUGUGCAACCUCCCGCUCUCGUUUCUGUGCCAUCUACUGCUCUGUAACGACGACUAGAUUCUUCGGUCAAGUGCCUGAGCUUUUAUAGGCGGGACAAAGCCCAUUCUGUCUGUCUGUGUUGCUGAGCACCGGGGUCUGUGCCACGUUGUCCGUACUGCAGUUAGAGUGACCAGGCAGCAAAUGUGAAAAAUCGGGACGGGGGUGAGGGGUAAUAGGAGCCUAUAUAAGAAAAAGACCCAAAAAUCGGGACUGUCCCUAUAAAAUCGGGAUAUCUGGUCACCCUAACUGCAGUGCCAAGCCCCGCUUUCAGGCCUGCUCCUCCGCUGGUGUCUAUCAGCACAGCACCUUGGGCUCAAUGCUGAUCUAUACCUGCUGGGGAUCUGGCACUAUUAACCUCAGUGGAGCUGGGCCAGUUUACACCCGCGUGGGAUCUGGCCUUUCGUUGCUUGUUUUAUGAUGUUUAACCUUUUUUUUUUUUUUAAAAAAAGAUGUUCAUCUUCCUCCUCUGGAUGCAUUUUAUUUUUUAUUAAAAAGAGAAUGUCACA